AUGGGCCGUGGGGCGCUCUGGAUGGCCCUGCCUGUGCUGUCCUUACUGGCCUGCUCCGCUCUAGGGAAGCCCCUGGAGAACCGGGGGCGGCCGUCCACUGGGGGAGAUGCCCACCGCCUGGUAGGGGGGCCCGGCGGCAAGCAGGAGGGGGUCACCUUCGACCUGAGGAUGUUCCUGGAGAACAUGAAGGUGGAUUUCCUGCGCAACCUCAACCUGAGUGGGGUCCCUUCUCAGGACAGAACCCGAGCCGAGCCACCGCAAUACAUGAUCGAUCUAUACAACAGAUACACCACCGACAAGACGUCCACCCCUGCGUCAAACAUCGUGCGCAGCUUCAGCGUGGAAGAUGCUGUCUCUAUAGCCACCACAGAAGACUUCCCUUUCCAGAAGCACAUCUUGCUCUUCAAUAUCUCCAUUCCCAGGCAUGAGCAGAUCACCAGGGCCGAGCUCCGACUCUACCUCUCCUGUCAGAGUCACAUGGACUCCUCUCACGAGCUGAAAGGAAACAUGGUCAUUUAUGACGUUCUGGAUGGAGCUGAGGUCUGGGAUGCUCCUGGGGGAACCAAGACCUUCCUGGUGUCUCAAGACAUCCGGGAUGAGGGCUGGGAGACCUUUGAGGUGUCCAGUGCCGUGAAGCGGUGGGUCCGGGCAGACUCCACCAAGAGCAAAAAUAAACUGGAAGUGACAGUGGAGAGUCACAGGAAGGGCUGUGACAAGCUGGAUAUCAGUGUCCCCCCAGGAUCCAAAAACCUGCCCUUCUUUGUCGUCUUCUCCAACGACCACAGCAACGGGACUAAGGAGACCAGGCUGGAGCUGAGGGAGAUGAUCGGCCAUGAGCAGGAGAGUGUGCUCAAGAAGUUGUCCAAGAGCACUGCGGUGGAGGCAGGUGAGAACAAAGAUGAGGAGGAGGAGGAUGUGCAAAGCCACACGCCCAAGGAGUCAUCUUUGGUCAGACGGAAGAGGAGUGCUGGGGCCAACAACCACUGUCAGAAGACCUCCUUGCGGGUGAACUUCGAGGACAUCGGCUGGGACAGCUGGAUCAUUGCGCCCAAGGAGUAUGAUGCCUUUGAAUGUAAAGGUGGCUGCUUCUUCCCCCUGGCUGACGAUGUGACCCCAACAAAACAUGCCAUCGUGAAGACCCUGGUACAUCUCAAGUUCCCCAUGAAGGUGGGCAAGGCCUGCUGUGUGCCCACCAAACUGAGCCCCAUCUCCAUCCUCUACAAGGAUGACAUGGGGGUCCCCACCCUCAAGUACCACUAUGAAGGGAUGAGUGUGGCAGAGUGUGGGUGCAGGUAG